GCGCGCGGCUGGAGCUGGCGCGGGAGCGGCGGGAGCGGUGGUGGCGGCGGCGGCAGAGGCGGCGGCUCCAGCUCCGGCUCCGGCUCUAGCUAGGGCUCUGGCUCUAGCUCCAGGGAGUGGGACCCCGGGGCGGCGGCAGAAGAGGAGAGGGAGCAGCGGCCCAGCGGCUUGGGGGGGACAUGCGGUCCGACGGCCCCUGGAGAGGCGGAAGGAGCGGAGGCCCCGGCACCCUGCCCUCGGUGCUGGUCGUCCAAGAGUGACUGGUGUGAGCAAGCAAAGGCCGGGUCGAUUGUCCUGGGCUGUGGCUGGCCGUGGUGCUGGACUCCUGGAUGGCCCCUGAACCAGCCCCAGGGAGGACGAUGGUGCCCCUUGUGCCUGCACUUGUGAUGCUUGGUUUGGUGGCGGGCGCCCACGGCGACAGCAAACCUGCCUUCGUUAAGGUCCCUGAGGACCAGACUGGGCUAUCCGGAGGGGUGGCCUCCUUCGUGUGCCAAGCCACAGGGGAACCCAAGCCGCGCAUCACAUGGAUGAAGAAGGGGAAGAAAGUCAGCUCCCAGCGCUUCGAGGUGAUCGAGUUCGACGACGGGGCAGGGUCCGUGCUGCGGAUCCAGCCAUUACGGGCGCAGCGCGACGAAGCCAUCUACGAGUGCACGGCCACCAACAGCCUGGGAGAGAUCAACACGAGCGCCAAGCUCUCGGUGCUGGAAGAGGACCAGCUGCCCCCCGGGUUCCCCUCCAUCGACAUGGGGCCCCAGCUGAAGGUGGUGGAGAAGGCGCGCACGGCCACCAUGCUGUGCGCAGCGGGCGGGAAUCCAGACCCCGAGAUCUCGUGGUUCAAGGACUUCCUCCCUGUGGACCCCUCCACGAGCAACGGGCGCAUCAAGCAGCUGCGUUCAGGUGCCUUGCAGAUUGAGAGCAGUGAGGAGUCAGACCAAGGCAAGUACGAGUGUGUGGCGACCAACUCUGCAGGCACACGCUACUCGGCCCCUGCUAACCUGUAUGUGCGAGUGCGCCGUGUGGCUCCUCGUUUCUCCAUCCCUCCCACUAGCCAGGAGGUGAUGCCGGGCGGCAGUGUGAACCUGACGUGCGUCGCAGUGGGCGCGCCCAUGCCCUAUGUGAAAUGGAUGAUGGGCGCCGAGGAACUCACCAAGGAGGACGAGAUGCCAGUUGGCCGCAAUGUGCUGGAGCUCAGCAAUGUCAUGCGUUCUGCCAACUACACCUGUGUGGCCAUCUCUUCCCUGGGUAUGAUUGAGGCCACGGCCCAGGUCACAGUGAAAGCUUUGCCAAAGCCUCCAAUUGACCUCGUGGUGACAGAGACGACCGCCACCAGCGUCACCCUGACCUGGGACUCUGGGAACUCGGAGCCUGUGUCCUACUAUGGCAUUCAGUACCGCGCAUCGGGCACAGAGGGCCCCUUUCAGGAGGUGGACGGCGUGGCCACCACUCGCUACAGCAUUGGCGGCCUCAGCCCUUUUUCAGAAUACAUCUUCCGUGUGCUGGCAGUGAACAGCAUCGGGCGAGGGCCGCCCAGUGAGGCGGUGCGGGCACGCACGGGGGAGCAGGCGCCCUCGAGCCCCCCACGCCGUGUGCAGGCACGCAUGCUGAGCGCCAGCACCAUGCUGGUGCAGUGGGAGCCGCCCGAGGAGCCCAAUGGCCUGGUGCGGGGCUACCGCGUCUACUAUUCCCCCGACUCCCGGCGCCCCCUGAGCGCCUGGCACAAGCACAACACAGACGCGGGGCUCCUCACCACCGUGGGCAGCCUGCUGCCUGGCAUCACCUACAGCCUGCGCGUGCUGGCCUUCACCGCCGUGGGCGAUGGGCCCCCCAGCCCCGCCAUCCAGGUCAAGACGCAGCAGGGAGUGCCUGCCCAGCCCGCGGACUUCCAGGCCGAGGCGGAGUCCGACACCCGGAUUCAGCUCUCCUGGCUGCUGCCCCCUCAGGAGCGGAUCGUCAUGUACGAGCUGGUAUACUGGGCCGCGGAGGACGAAGGCCAGCAGCACAAGGUGACCUUCGAUCCUGCCUCCUCCUACACCCUGGAGGACUUGAAGCCUGACACGCUGUACCGCUUCCAGCUGGCCGCCCGCUCUGAGAUGGGGGUGGGCGUCUUCACCCCUACCAUUGAGGCCCGCACAGCACAGUCCACCCCUUCUGCCCCUCCCCAGAAGGUGACCUGUGUGAGCACGGGCUCCACCACAGUCCGGGUAAGUUGGGUCCCACCGCCGGCCGACAGCCAAAACGGCAUUAUCACCCAGUACUCGGUGGCCUACGAGGCGGUGGACGGCGAGGACCGCCGGCGGCAGGUGGUGAACGGCAUCAGCCGCGAGCACUCCAGCUGGGACCUGGUGGGCCUGGAGAAGUGGACCGAGUACCGGGUGUGGGUGCGGGCGCACACGGACGUGGGCCCCGGCCCCGAGAGCAGCCCGGUGCUGGUGCGCACCAACGAGGACGUGCCCAGUGGGCCACCGCGGAAGGUGGAGGUGGAGCCACUGAACUCCACCGCCGUGCACGUCUCCUGGAAGCUGCCCCUCCCCAGCAAGCAGCACGGCCAGAUCCGUGGCUACCAGGUCACUUAUGUGCGGCUAGAGAACGGUGAGCCCCGUGGCCCACCCGUCAUCCAGGAUGUCAUGCUGGCCGAGGCCCAGUGGCAGCCAGAGGAAUCCGAGGACUAUGAAACCACCAUCAGCGGCCUGACCCCGGAGACCACCUACUCCGUCACUGUCGCCGCCUACACCACCAAAGGAGACGGUGCCCGGAGCAAGCCCAAGAUUGUCACGACGACGGGGGCAGUCCCAGGCCGGCCCACCAUGAUGGUCAGCGCCACCGCCAUGAACACCGCCCUGCUCCAGUGGCACCCCCCCAAGGAGCUGCCCGGCGAGCUGCUGGGCUACCGGCUGCAGUACCACCGGGCCGACGAGGCGAGGCCCAACACCAUAGAUUUUGGCAAGGAUGACCAGCACUUUACCGUCACCGGCCUGCACAAGGGGGCCACCUACAUCUUCCGGCUUGCCGCCAAAAACCGGGCCGGCCUAGGAGAGGAGUUCAGGAAGGAGAUCACGACCCCGGAGGGGGUACCCAGCGGCUUCCCACAAAACCUGAACGUGGUGGGGCUGACUACCUCCACCGCGGAGCUGACCUGGGACCCCCCGGUGCUGGCGGAGCGCAACGGGCGCAUCACCAACUACACGGUGGCCUACCGUGACAUCAACAGCCAGCAGGAGCUGCGGGACACCACUGCCGACACCCGCCUGACUCUCUCCGGCCUCAAGCCGGACACCACUUACGACAUCAAGGUCCGCGCGUGGACCAGCAAAGGCGCUGGCCCGCUCAGCCCCAGCAUCCAGUCCCGGACCAUGCCCGUGGAUCAAGUGUUUGCCAAAAACUUCCGUGUGGCGGCUGCCAUGAAGACGUCUGUGCUGCUCAGCUGGGAGGUUCCCGACUCCUACAAGUCGGCUGUGCCCUUCAAGAUCCUAUACAACGGGCAGAGUGUGGAGGUGGAUGGGCACUCCAUGCGGAAGCUGAUCGCGGACCUGCAGCCGGACACACAGUACUCGUUCGUGCUGAUGAACCGGGGCAGCAGCGCCGGGGGCCUGCAGCACCUCGUGUCCAUCCGCACGGCCCCCGACCUCCUGCCCCACCAGCCGCGGCCCGCCUCUGCCUACAUGGAGGACGGCCGCUUCACCCUUUCCAUGCCCCACGUGCAGGACCCCUCGCUCAUCAGGUGGUUCUACAUCGUGGUGGUGCCCAUUGACCGCGUGGGUGGGAGCAUGCUGACGCCGCGGUGGAGCACGCCGGAGGAGCUGGAGCUGGACGAGCUCCUGGAGGCCAUCGAGCAGGGCGGCAGGGAGCAGCGCCGGCGCCGGCGGCAGACAGAGCGGCUGAAGCCUUACGUGGCCGCUCAGGUGGACGUGCUCCCCGAAACCUUCACCCUGGGGGACAAGAAGAGCUACCGGGGCUUCUAUAACCGGCCCCUGUCCCCGGACCUGAGCUACCAGUGCUUUGUGCUUGCCUCCCUGAAGGAAUCCGUAGACCAGCCACAGAAGCGUUAUGCCGCCAGCCCCUACUCCGAUGAGAUUGUGGUCCAGGUGGUGCCAGCGCAGCAGCAGGAGGAGCCUGAGAUGCUGUGGGUGACAGGCCCUGUCCUGGCGGUCAUCCUCAUCAUCCUCAUUGUCAUCGCCAUCCUCCUGUUCAAGAGGAAAAGGACCCACUCCCCGUCCUCCAAGGAUGAGCAGUCAAUUGGGCUGAAGGACUCUUUGCUGGCCCACUCCUCCGACCCCGUGGAGAUGCGGAGACUCAACUACCAGACCCCAGGUAUGCGAGACCACCCGCCCAUCCCCAUCACUGACCUAGCGGACAACAUUGAGCGCCUCAAAGCCAACGAUGGCCUCAAGUUCUCCCAGGAGUAUGAGUCCAUUGACCCUGGACAGCAGUUCACGUGGGAGAAUUCAAACCUGGAGGUAAACAAGCCCAAGAACCGCUACGCAAAUGUCAUUGCCUACGACCACUCUCGUGUCAUCCUUACCUCCAUCGAUGGUGUCCCGGGCAGCGACUACAUCAACGCCAACUACAUCGACGGCUACCGCAAGCAGAACGCCUACAUCGCCACGCAGGGCCCACUGCCCGAAACCAUGGGCGACUUCUGGCGGAUGGUGUGGGAGCAGCGCACGGCCACCGUGGUCAUGAUGACUCGGCUGGAGGAGAAGUCCCGGGUGAAGUGCGACCAGUACUGGCCAGUCCGUGGCACCGAAACCUAUGGACUCAUUCAGGUGACCCUGCUGGACACAGUGGAGCUGGCCACCUACACUGUGCGCACCUUUGCGCUCCACAAGAGUGGCUCCAGCGAGAAGCGGGAGCUCCGUCAGUUCCAGUUCAUGGCCUGGCCAGACCACGGAGUCCCUGAGUACCCGACCCCCAUCCUGGCCUUCCUGCGGCGGGUCAAGGCCUGCAACCCACUAGAUGCGGGGCCCAUGGUGGUCCACUGCAGCGCGGGCGUGGGCCGCACGGGCUGCUUCAUCGUGAUCGACGCCAUGCUGGAGCGCAUGAAGCACGAGAAGACGGUGGACAUCUACGGCCACGUGACGUGCAUGCGGUCCCAGCGCAACUACAUGGUGCAGACGGAGGACCAGUACGUGUUCAUCCACGAGGCGCUGCUGGAGGCCGCCACGUGCGGACACACGGAGGUGCCUGCCCGCAACCUCUACGCCCACAUCCAGAAGCUGGGCCAAGUGCCUCCUGGGGAGAGCGUGACUGCCAUGGAGCUCGAGUUCAAGUUGCUGGCCAGCUCCAAGGCCCACACAUCCCGUUUCAUCAGCGCCAACCUGCCCUGCAACAAGUUCAAGAACCGCCUGGUGAACAUCAUGCCCUACGAGUUGACCCGUGUGUGUCUGCAGCCCAUCCGGGGUGUGGAGGGCUCCGACUACAUCAACGCCAGCUUCCUGGACGGCUACAGACAGCAAAAGGCCUACAUAGCCACGCAAGGGCCUCUGGCAGAGAGCACCGAGGACUUUUGGCGCAUGCUCUGGGAGCACAACUCCACCAUCAUCGUCAUGCUGACCAGGCUUCGGGAGAUGGGCAGGGAGAAAUGCCACCAGUACUGGCCAGCAGAGCGUUCUGCUCGCUACCAGUACUUUGUCGUUGACCCAAUGGCCGAGUACAACAUGCCACAGUAUAUCCUGCGUGAAUUCAAGGUCACGGAUGCCCGGGAUGGGCAGUCAAGGACAAUCCGGCAGUUCCAGUUCACAGACUGGCCAGAACAGGGCGUGCCCAAGACGGGGGAGGGCUUCAUCGAUUUCAUUGGGCAGGUGCACAAGACCAAGGAGCAGUUUGGACAGGAUGGACCCAUCACGGUGCACUGCAGUGCUGGCGUGGGCCGCACCGGGGUGUUCAUCACUCUGAGCAUCGUCUUGGAGCGGAUGCGCUACGAGGGCGUGGUGGACAUGUUCCAGACGGUGAAGACCCUGCGCACCCAGCGCCCAGCCAUGGUGCAGACGGAGGACCAGUACCAGCUGUGCUACCGUGCAGCCCUGGAGUACCUCGGCAGCUUUGAUCACUAUGCAACGUAACUACCGCAGCCUCUCCUUCGCCGCCCCUGCCUGGGGGCUCCGGAGGGGACCCAGCUCUUCUGAGCCAUACCGACCAUCAUCUAGCCCUUCUGCACGGAUGCCAUUGGUGGCAGAGCACAGCCCACCGGGAUCACAGCGUUUCAGGAACAUUGCCACACCAAACAGAGAGCCCAGAAACCCCCGGCGAGGGGGUGGCCGGCAGGCAGCCCAUCUCUACCCUCCAGGCCUGCCCGGAGCCUGCUGGAACUCUCUGUUCCGUUGCCGCGUUUCUCAUGCUUCUUCUCACGGGGUGGGGAUGGGGCAAGGCCUCCUUUUAUACAUUCAGUGGAGUAGACGAAGGGAUUCCAGCCUCUUCCCUCUGACUUUUCCUUUUGCAAAUUCCUAGCUGCAGAAUGGGCUGCUGUUGGGGCUGGGGUGUCAUCUCCUUUCUUUUUUGAGUUCACUUGGAUCCUUUUUUUUUUUUUUUGUAUAACUUUUAUUGCUGAAGGACGAACAUGCCUUUUUUACUCGUGUGGAGCUGGGGCCGCAGCCUGAGCGGGGGUCUCACUGAUCCAACGCUUUCCAGGCCUUUCAGACAAGAUCCUGUUUCAGCCAAAUGCAGGGAACAAUUUUUUUUUUUAGUUUAGUUUUGUUUUCCUUAAGGGCCUUAUUUCAGGCGCCACAGGCAGUGGUGGGCGGGGAAGAGAUAGGAAACACUCAGCCCCAGUCAUCUGUUCCAGUGUGUGUGUAAGUCACAGCCCAGAACCGUGGACGUGUCUGGGGGAGCCUGGCGAGGCGUUCUCAUCACCAUCGUGUUUGCAAAGGUUAAAAAAAGCAACAACAAAAAAACAACAAACAAUCUAAAAAAAAAUCAAAAAAAGAGAAAAAGAUAAAAAAAGAGAGAGAGAGAGAGAGAGUCAUUUCCUGGCCUCUGCUUCAAACCCCUGAGAGGGGAGGUGGCUCCCUUUGCCUGGGGCUCCCGGGGAGCUGCCAGGCUGACCUCUGGACCUGCGGAGGCUGGCUUUUGUCCCCAGCAUUUUGGUGUGGCGGUGUGGUGUGGUGUUGGUAGGUUGGGGGUCUGGUCACGCGGCCAAGGCAGUUGGCACAGGUCAGGGUGUGUGCCACACCCUGCACACCUCAGGGCCAAGCAGGGGCACGGCUGGCCCUUCAGGUCCGGGCCAGUGGGCCGGGUAGCACAUGUCUGUACUCAGAGAAGGGGCCAGAGGAUCUUCCUCCCUGGUUUGCAGCUAUUUUCCAAGCCCAAGAGAAUUGCUCUUUUCCACUCCUUCAAGAUGCCCUCAUAAACCAAUGUGGCAAGACUACUGGAAUUCUUUUAAUGGUACUAUAAUCAAUCCUUAUAAUCUUGGCUUGCUGAGGGGCAGGGAGAGGGCCUCUUCCUCUGGGCAGCACUAUCUAGGUAGGUAAGUGGGGGCGGGGAAGGGUGCAUAGCUGUUUUAGCCAAGGGACAUGGAGCAGACGUCCCAAGAUCUAGCUAGGCUCGGUCAAGAUCAACAAUCCAGGGUUGGUAAUGUUGGAUGAAACAUUCAUUUUUACCUUGUGGAUGCUAGUGCUGUAGAGUUCACUGUUGUACACAGUCUGUUUUCUAUUUGUUAAGAAAACUACAGCAUCAUUGCAUACUUCUUGAUGGUAAUAAAUUUGAAUAAUCAGAUUUCUUAUAAA